CAACUCCAAUUGAAAGAGACCGGUAAAUGUCUGACGGCUGAAGCGAGUGGCACCUAUCUCGAUCAAUAUGAUUGUGCCGGCACCGAAGGAGCUCCUCAUCAGUCCUGGACAUUGGAAGUGAUAGACAUAUUCGGGCCCGAGGAACUCCCACCGAUCGACGUGAACUACAAGGGAAUAUUGCGCAAUUAUGGCCACAACACGAAAUGCCUGCACGCCGUGGGUGGUGACAACGGUGCCGAGCUGGAAAUUGUCGAUUGUUCUGCGUCGAGCCAGGAUCAAUUGGUGCGGAUGGAAAGCUUCCAGAACAUGGAACACGAACACGGAUAUGUGCAGUUCGAUGCGGGCGGAAAAUGUCUCAGUCUCAAUGGAUUUUCUAGUGACAAUGGCGUCCGCAUACUGAUAUGGGACUGCGUCGAUCAAGACAAUCAAAAAUGGCAGAUCGUCAAUGGAGAUCUUGGUCAUUCCUUCCAACUUCGACUGAAAUCCACCGGUAAAUGUCUAACGGCCGAAGAGGGUGGCGCAUAUCUGAAUCAAUAUGAUUGUGCCGGAACGGAAGGAGCUCCACAUCAGUCAUGGACCGUUGACAAAGUCUUUCUGACCACCGACAGGGCGUCGUACACGUUCUAUCUGCUGGAAAAUUUCGAUAAGCCCGAUAAGCCCACUGUCUGCGAUACAAAGAUGGAUCUGCCGCCAAUUAUGCAACCGAAUUGGCACCGUGCAACUCAGAUGAUCCGUCGCAGAGAAUUGUUGCGUACACACAGUAUGCCGACGAGUUGGGGUACUCGGGCAUCCAAUUCUCCGCCACCGGCAACUGCUUAGACGUAGCGGGUGAAUCGAAUACGAAUGGAGCUGCUGUUGGCCAUUGGAGUUGCGUCAACCAAGCGAAUCAGAGAUGGCGCAUGGAAGAUUUUCAGGAUGGUUCGUUCCGCAUUCGCACUGAGAUCGGCGAUAGAUGCCUGACUUCCGAAUCAGGUGGUUCUUUCGUGGACAUUUAUGAUUGUUACGGACGAUCUUCAGCUCCGCACCAAUAUUGGAAACAACGGAAUCCGAAUGAAGGAAGGACAGCCCAGAAGCUGCGUGUGCUGCAAAAUUACCAAUACCCGGACAAGUGUCUCCACACAGUCGGAACGAGUAAGGAAAACGGAGCCGAACUCGAACUGAUCGACUGCAACGCUAUCAAGCCAGAGGAAUCGAUUAACACGGACGAAUGGCUGAACUAUGACACAACUGCCGGCUACGUGAAAUUCAACGGCAAGUGCUUGUCUAUGAGUGGAUUUGCCAGCGACAAUGGAGUGCGGCUGAUUCAAUGGGACUGUGUCGAUCAGGCCAAUCAGAGAUGGCAGAUCGUUAAUGGUGACAUUGACUCGAAUUUCCAACUGAAAAGUGAGCAGAGCGGUAAAUGUCUGACGGCAGAAGCGGAAGGAGCGUAUAUGGAUCAGUACGAAUGUUAUGGAAGAGACUCGGCACCGCAUCAAAGUUGGAUGAUUAGGACAAUCGGUGGUGGUCAGCACGAUGAAGAGUCGCUUGGUGAACCGGAAAUUUUCUUUGAGCCGGCAGGUGCUCUGCUACAAAUGGUCGAGUAUCCGGGCAAGUGUUUAAGUGUCAGUGGAGUGGCCAAUCAGAAUGAAGUGAUUCUGGCUGAUUGCGAUGCAUUCGAUGAAAAUCAGCUGUUUGAUCACACGGACUUGUUGAACUACAACACGAAUCCCGGCCUCUUGAAGCUAUUAGGCACGAACAAAUGCCUGACUGUAUCGUCCAACAAUCACGUGACCCAAGUGGACUGUGACAUCGGCAAUUUGAACGAAUUAUGGCACAUCAUUCUCGGUAAUUUGGUAAGGAAAAUGGGGAGACCGAACAGCGGCGAAAUCUCGUGA